GGAGAUAACGCGUAACAAACAAUUUUAGUAUAAAGUAUUCAUAACACAUGUCGAAAAUCCUUCAAUGAAAUUAAGUUCUUUGAGACAGGUAAGACUAACUGACCCACAUUUAACGAUAGUAACCUCAUUACGUUGGCCCAAAAUUUGAGUAGAGUCAAAUAUUUGCUCAGUUGUCUAAAAUUUGCGAUAAUCUCUUAAGUAGUGCUUAGUAUAAAAAGAGCAGUUAGUUGUUCAGUUAGCAUUAUAAUCACUUGCAUCUAUAAUUAAUUAUCAAUAUGUUUUCCAACAAAUUUCUGAUUAUGAGCUUCGCUCUUUUCGCCGUGAUCAUUGCAGUGUCUGGUGCGGAAAUCAGCGAUCGUCGCUACCGCUGGCCUAACUCUAAUGAACAGGAGGCUGACGAGAAGGAGACCGAUGAAGAUGAUGAGGAAGAUGACGAGGAUACUGCCGAUGGUAAUAGCCAAGAAGAAGAACAACAAGAUGAUGAUGAUAAUGGUGAUGAAAGCCAGGAAGAUGCCGAAAAUGAUGACGACAAUGAGAAUAAUGCUGAAGAAGAGAGCGAGGAGAAUGCUUAAAUCAAACUUCACAAAAUUUCACAAAAUUCCAUUUAAAAUGUUAUCCAUCAUUUAAAGCUGCAUAAGUUACAAAAAAAUAGCAAACUAUAGAGUUAAAGCCGUUAAAAUAUUUUUAAAUACUUGAAAUAAAUA